AUGGCCUCCUACGGCUACCAACCAAACCCCCAACAACAAUCCUCCUACGCCGCACAAAACAACCUCAACUUCUACCAAUCGUCAUAUCCACAACAACCAGUCUCAGGGCAUAGCACACCUUUCCAGGCCGCUUAUGGGGCUGGUGCACAGAGCGGGGCUUACCCUCCACAGGCUAGCUACCCUGGGGCAGCAGGAGGGAACUAUGGCUUUGGUGCUUUCCCUGGACAGCAGGGUGCGAGUGGACAGAUGGGGACAGGACAAAGUGGCUUGAGGACUGGGUGGUUGGCGGCAUUCGGGACGGAGGGGUACGAGGGUGAGCCGCCUUUGUUGGAGGAGCUUGGGGUGAAUUUCCGACAUAUACAGACGAAGACACUCACAGUCCUGAAUCCAAUGGCACGAAUAGACCAACACAUCAUGGACGACUCGGACUUGGCAGGACCCUUCCUCUUCUGUGCCUUAUUCGGCACUUUCCUCCUUCUGUCGGGUAAAUUAUGGUUCGGCUAUGUCUGCGGCCUUGCAGCACUGGGAGCGUUCAGUCUGAACUUCAUCUUUAGUAUGAUGUCUCCGCCUCUAAGUCAGGACGAAAUGAAUGCCGCACAAAAUCAACACAGCAGCCAUUACGGUUCACCGAGUCUGAGCUCGACAUUGACGCUUGGACGGUCGAGCUCGGUGCUGGGGUAUUGUCUUUUACCAUUGGUCAUUGCGAGUUUGCUUGGUGUGAUGCUGCCGCUGGACAGCUUACUUGGGUACUGUCUGGUAUCACUUGCGAUUGCGUGGUGCACAUACUCGAGUUCGGCGAUGUUUUGCGUGGUUGGUAGGAUGACGAAUAUGCGUGGUUUGGUUGCGUACCCACUAGCAUUGUUUUAUGUGGGUUUUGGCAUCAUGGCAAUCUUCAGCAGCAGAGGCACCGGGAGGCUCGAGGCUAUGAAGGCAGGGACGUGA